AUGUCGUAUGAACUGGUUUCUUCAGCAAAUACUGCAAGUAAACGACGAAACAUUGACAUUGAACCAGAUGGUUCAACCCUCAGUGCUUAUGCUCUUCUUGCAAAACUGAUCAAAGACGAUUUGGCGAAAUCUGAGGACGUGAACCGUCCACCACAUAUUAGAGCUUUAUAUGCAAAAACAGCUCAAAAACUACCACGUAUAGUAGCAAAUACUCAUCUUUACUUUACUGCUAUUCAUUUAUUGACAAGUAAUGCUUAUAAUUUAUUUAACUAUGUUUCAUUUCGUGAAGGAAGUGGAACAGCGAAUUCUAUUAGUGGUUUAUCAAGUAAAUUUAUGGAAACAGCCAAAAAUGUUGUUCAUGAUUACAUGAAGAUCCAUUUUAAAAGUGAAACAAUUAAAGUUGGUGAAGAUGAAAUAGUACAAGGGAAAUAUGUUAUGAAUGUAACGAAAGAGGCAGUUUUAGUUGGUUAUAAUCUCUUCAAGUAUAUGCAAGACAUUCAAUUAUCUAUAUUUGACUUGUCGGGUCUUGAUGCUAUAAUUAAAACACGUUUAGCCAAUGGUACUCGUAAAAUUGAAGAAGUUCGAAAACAAUUAGCUGUACAGAUGGCUGAACCACAAGAUUCUGAUACUAGAUUAAUAUUCAAACUGCCUAGUCCCAUAUUGAAACGUGUUUGGAUAACAAACAAAAAAGAUGCACCAUCUUGGGCUGGUAUUUUUUGUCAAAGUUCAAAAAAAUCUUCAAUGUACAAAACGACCGAUAGAGGAACCAAGGCAGUAGAUACAUUAAUUGAGUGUGGUCUUUUUAAACAAUGUAAUUAUUUACCAAACAACAGUGGUUUGUGGAAAGCCACACCAAUGGACAUUUUGCGUUCCGAACAACUGCAAGUUGCUUUGUACAAAUAUGUUGAAAUCAAUGUUAAUGAUUAUGAAACAAUGUAUGCAGGAUGGUAUUAUCCAAGUGAUCUUACCAACAUGACCCAUUCACUGAUUGAUCAUUUGAUCGGUUCUCCAAACAUUUAUGCUCAAUAUUAUCAUAAUUAUUUACCUGAAAAAUAUCCUGAAUUUGGUUUACGUGUUGAACAAUUAGAACGUGAUGGUGUAAUUGAAAGAAAAGAAUUGAAUGGAACAGUUAAAUGGCAAUAUAUUAACCACGAAAAUUUAGUUGAUCAUGAACCAAAUGAGAAUAUUAGUGGUUAUAUUAUGAAUCAAAUUGAAACACGUGAAGUUGAAGAAAUUUCAACAAGUGAACAUGGAUUUAAACGGAAGUUGACAACAUUGGUACAACGAAAUGAAGUUAUAAUUUCACCGAGUACGAGCUUUACCGUAACACCAGCCAAGCGUACUCAUGUCGAGCAUGAAACAGUACCAGUAAGUUUAAUAUACUUUUGCAAAGAAAAGGCUAUAAAAAUAAAACUCAAAGUUUAACAAUAACUUUUCUAUAUUUAUUUCAAAAUUUUAACGAUGAUGAUGUGCUUUCACCAAAAAUGUUUCAAAUAUAUAUUUAAGUGAACUUUUUCAAAAUUCGCACUACUCAUCUUUAUGCUUUGCUCUCAUGCUCACAACAAUUUAUAUUUCGUAGAAUUUUUUCUAUUUCAAAUCAUUUGUAUAGAGCUUGGAACAAGAAAUUAUUCAUUUUCAAAACAUGUUGUCACCGAACAAUAAUAAUAUUAUUACUUCAUAUGAUGAAUCUGAUCAAAAUACACAAAAUCAUACGAAUAAUGUUAAAAUUGCUAAGAGUCGAUCAAUAACCAGUACAAAUGAUACUGCUGAUGGUAGUACUACUGAUUGUGUUACUUUUACUUCUACGGCCUCUACUACUACUACUUCGAAUAUUACUUCAAACAUUACUACACUGCCGUCAAUAUGUACAAAGAGUUGCUUUGCUACAUUUCCAUCCGUUCUGGUAACUACGCAAAAUACAAUUGAUCAAGAUGAAAUUAUUUAUUCACCAAUGGAUACUGAAGUAGGUUGUUUGAUUUUAUUUCUUAGGUAUAAAUGUUGAGUAGUUUGAAAUAGUCUCAAACGUUGUACAACUUAAAGACAAAACCAUCCUUCGGUUAACAUUUUUUCUGAAAUUGAAAUAAAAAAAAUUUAGCUCGUAUAAAAAUACAUCACUACUGUUUUUCUAAUUCAUGCUAGUGACAAAAAUAUACCAAUAUGAGACUCCCAGGAAUCCUAACAUAUAGUAAAAAGGGUGAUAUGUUAAUAUGUUUAAAUGUUUCUAAUUCAUGUUAGUGACAAAAAUAUACCAAUAUGAGACUCCCAGGAAAUUUGUUUUUGCUGUAUAUUCUCACUAAACUCAGGUUUUUGAGAUGAAGAUUAACUCUGGAAAAAAUCUUUUUUUAUAAACUGAUAGAGUGUGAAAUGCUGUAUUAUCGAAUGAAAUAAGUAUUUUCGUUAAAUUAAGUAUAGCGAAGCAUUUAUUUUUUCGUCUUUUAUACGUUUGUUUGGAUGGGAAAAGUCGAGUUUUCCCAAAAACUUGCGAAAAAGUCAAAAAAUACCGUUUUCUAGUUUUUUACCUACAAUAACGACAAUUUUCAUUCAAAUAUUUUGAUCAACGUGUCGUUCGAAAGAGCCAAAAAUACUGAACAAUACCUGAUACUUAAAAGAAUUCUAGAUUCAAAAUAGUAGUCAGAAUAAUUGAUUUUUUAUU